GCUGAAAAGAAUUAGUAGAGGGGUCUGAGCAGUCAGCAAAGGAGUCCCAGCGUUACCAUGGGCCAAGAGCAUCAGUUGCUUCUCAACAGAGACAUGAUAGUCUUCACCGCAGUGGUCCGGAGAUGGGAAAUAUCGUUGGGUUUCUGCCGGCUGAUGCUGAGGGUCUGACAGGAUAAGGUUCUGGGAACAAUUCCCAGAAGUGACGCUGUGCCUGAAUGUGAGGAGGAAGGCACCAAGACUGACCUGAUUCAACAGGGUGGCCAAACCAUCGUCUUAAAUUGGUCUUUGCAAGGUGAAUAAGUGAAUUCGGCUAGCCCAGCUUCCUGACACCUCCCGUCACCGGGAGCAGGGCGAGGUAGGGUCAGCUCAGCAUCAGCACCACAGCCUCUGAGCUCGCCCACGGCACUGGAGGUAGUGCGAGCCAUUCCUGUAGGGGGUGCUUUGGAGCCAUAGUUGCGGCAGAAGCACGCGUAUGCGUCAUCGGACGGGGGGCCGGGCCUCCGGAACCCGGAAGCUGGGGACCCACGUGGGAGUCUGGGAGGCGACUAUCUUGGCUUGGGUGUCAGGUUGUGGGCAAUCUUUGAGCGGGGACUCGGGACAGUUUGUCCUACGUGAGGGGUCGUGGUGGGGGAGGCCAACGGGUCCUCUGCAGCCGUCUGUUAGUGGAGUCCCAGGCGCCGCUGGAGCUAUGCGACUGCUCCGGACGGUCGGGUGCUUCGGUUGCCUGGUUGUCCGUCAUUUCUCCCGGGUGGCGCGGCCUGGCGGGGAGGAGCUGAGCCGCCUGCUUCUGGAUGACCUGGCGCCGACCCAGCGGCUGGAACGUCUGUUCGGCCUGUCCCCGUGCCUCCUGGCCCUGCGGGCCGCCCGCCGGCGCGUGGCCCGGCUCCUGCUCCAGGCCGGAAAGGCUGGACUGCAGGGGGAGCGGGCCGAGCUGCUCCGGGUGGCCGAGGAGCGGGGCAUCCCUGUCCUGAGGCCCAGGCGGCAGAAACUGGACGCCUUGUGCGGCUACCAGGUGCACCAGGGCGUCUGCAUGGAGGUGAGCCCGCUGCGGCCCCGGCCUUGCGAUGAGGUGGCAGAGACGAGCCCAGGCGACGACCCUCAGCAGUUGUGGCUUGUCCUUGAGGGGCUCCAGGAUCCCCGGAAUCUUGGGGCUGUGCUGCGCUCCGCUCACUUCCUCGGAGUAGACAGAGUCAUCACCAGCCGGAGAAACAGCUGCCCGCUCACUCCAGUAGUCAGCAAGGCCAGCGCUGGGGCUAUGGAGGUGAUGGACGUGUUCGCCACUCCUGACCUGGCCGGUUUUUUGAAGGCCAAGGCCCAGCAGGGCUGGCUCGUGGUGGGCACAGUGGGCUGCCCAGGUCCUGAGAUCUCCCAGUCCUCCAAGGUCCCUGUCACUAGCUGCCUAGAGUUCCUCUGGGACCGGCCUACUCUCCUCGUGCUGGGCAAUGAGGGCUCUGGUCUGUCCCAGGAGGUUCUUGCCUGCUGCCAGAUGCUCCUUACUAUUCUACCCGGGCGUCACCUGCCUCCUGGUCUUGAGUCUUUGAAUGUGUCUGUGGCCACAGGAAUUCUUCUGCACUCCAUUUGCAGCCAGAAGAAGAGUUCCCCUAUACAGACGGAGAAGGGACAACUUCUCCAAGAUACUUGAGAACCCUUAGCUACGCCCGAAGGACUCAGAGAGGCCCAGUACCCAGGACUGCUGCCAUUGUGGUCAGAAAAACCAGCCAAAUGUGGGCUUCCACAGACUGUCUGAGAUGAACGUGCGUAGGAACCGGAACGAGUCACACACCGAUCCUCGGGCUUGGGUGUGCUGGGCUCUCUGCCUGUGAGAGCCUGUUUACUGGCUACAGUCAGGAGACAUUUGCAGUGGAGACCAAGGAGGGUUUCAUUUCCAGUUGGAAAUGGUAGUUUGCCAAUUUCUAGGAUGGGUUAAGACAGACGGUAUCUGUCCUGGAUCCUGCCCAGGAGUCAAAAGGCUGUUUUAGAAUGAGAAAGAAUCAGACAGUCCAGUGCAGGGUGUGUAGAGUGUGAGAGUGAGGAUGUUGAGGGAAGCACAUCCCUACCCGUCCCGGUGAUGAGGAUGAAAUUAAUGAGAGGUACCAUCCAGUGAGUGCCUUACAGCUGAACUGUCAUCCCCUAUUUGACCACUAGGUGGCAGUCUUGCUCUUUACACCAUAGUUUUGCCAAAGCUUGCAGGGAGACCCCUCUUUGUAGCCCCAUUAGAGACAGGGAAAAUAGCAACACCUCUCUCUCUCUCUCUCUCUCUCUCUCUCUCUCUCUCUCUCUCUCUCUCUCUCUCUCUCUCUCUCACACACACACACACACACACACACACACACACACACACACACACACACACUGUCCAGCCCAGUGGAAGGAACCUAUGACCCAAAGCCCUUGCCUUUGAGUCUGAGAGGUUGUGAAGUCAGGGUCACUGUUGUACAGCCCCAAUAGGCUUGGUCCCCUCCUCCAGGGUCCCACAGUGGAGCAGAAGUAAUGUUGCCGAACGGUGGUCUCACUCCGGGCUGCACGUUGGAACACCCAAUGAGCGUUCAAGAAACAAGCCAAAUACAGCAGCCACCGUGUGGUGCUGAGAUCGUUGGGUACACCCUGGGCAGUAGGAUUUUUUUUCUUUUUCUUUUUGAGACAGGGUUUCAUAUACUAUGUACCUGGGGUGUCCUAAAACUUGCCAUUUAGCCGAAGAUUACAUUGAACUUUUGAUCCUCUUACCCCUAACCCCCAAGUGCAAGAAUUCAAGACAUACCCCACUAUACCAAUUUAUAUGUUGCCGGGGAUAGAUGCAGGGCUGUGUGCAAGCUAGGCAAGUACUCUACCCACUGAGCUACAUCUGAGCCCUCGGCUGGAUAAUCCUUUGCUGUAGGAACUGUCCUGAGCAUGGUGAGAUGUGCCCACUGGACUCCGGGAGCUCUGGUUAUGAAACCAAAACUGUCUCCACAAAUGGCCAUAUGACCUCUGACUGGCAUCGCUGAGUGUGGGAUGGGGGACAGCAGCCCCUGAAUUGUGAUCCUGGUUGCUGGGAGACUUGGGAAAAGUUACCUUCACACUUCCUUUAUAUCCUUGGAGGGUGUAAAGAACAGUGGAAACUUGGUACCUUGUAUGUAGUAGGUGCUCAAUAAAUAGUACAGCUAUAGUGCCAA